AUGACUGUACUGGAGAUCACUGUACUGGAGACCCCUGUACUGCGGACCCCUGUACUGGAGACCCCUGUACUACAGACCCCUGUAUUGGAGACCCUUGUACUGCAGACCCCUGUACUGGAGACCCCUGUACUGAAGAUCACUGUACUGGAGACCCCUGUACUACAGACCCCUGUACUGGAGACCACUGUGCUCGAAACCCAUGUACUGCGGACCCCUGUAUUGCAGACCACUGCACUGGGGACCCCUGUUCUGCGGACCCCUGUAUUGCAGACUCUUGUACUGGUGACCUGUGUACUGCUGACCCUUGUACUGGGGACCCCUCUGGUACGGACCCCUUUACUGCAGACCACUGUACUCAAAACUUCUGUACUGCAGACCCCUGUACUAGAGACCCCUGUACUGGAGAUCACUGUACUGCAGACCCCUACACUGGAGAUCACUGUACUCGAGAUCCCUGUACCGCAGACCCCUGUACUGGAGACCACUGUACUGGGGACCCAUGUACUGCGGACCCCUGUACUUGAGACCACUGUACUGGGGACCCAUGUACUGCGGACCCCUGUACUGGAGACCACUGUAUUGGGGACCCCUGUACUGCAGACCACUGUAAUGGAGACCCCUGUACUGCAGACCCUUGUACUGGAGACCAAUGUAUUAAAGACCCUUGUACUGGAGACCCCUGUACUAGAGACCCCUGUAUUAAAGACCCUUGUACUGGAGACCCCUGUACUAGAGACCCCUGUAUUAAAGACCCUUGUACUGGAGACCCCUGUAUUAAAGACCCUUGUACUGGAGACCCCUGUAUUAAAGACCCUUGUACUGGAGACCCCUGUACUGGAGACCCCUGUAUUAAGGACCCUUGUAGUAGUCUAUGGCCAUGUAUAG